AUGGAUGAAUUUAUUAACCUUCAGCUGUUCCUUGCUCUAACGAUGUUUUUGACGACAAUAAUUGCAGGUUUAGCGCCUAUAAAGCUAUUAACUUCUAUUAAAAGGAAUAAAGAAGGAAAUAAGACAUCGAGCUUUUUGUCACUUCUAUCAUGUUUCGCUGGAGGAGUUUUCCUUGCUACUUGUUUUCUCGAUCUUCAACCUCAUGUGAACAUGAAAUUUCGCAAAUUUAACGAGCAAUGGAAUUUAAAAAUCAAAUAUCCAUUACCAGAUCUUUUGGUAUGCAUCGGAUUUUUUGCUGUUUAUUUACUUGAAGAAAUAUUUGUUCGCCUCUUCUCGACGAUAAACAACACCGGGGGAUCGAGUGAACAAAUAAAAUCGAAACGAUGCUCCUUGGAAAUUAAUAAAGGAAAAGAAGUGGGAAUCUUGCAAUCAAUUACAUUUACAGUAGCGAUGUCGUUUCAUUCUAUUCUCGAAGGUAUAGCGCUUGGUGUUCAGGAUGAUAAAGCUGGAAUAUUAACUUUAUUCUUUUCAUUGUUUAUCCACAAAGGAAUCGAAUCGUUCACUGUUGGACUACAAAUAUCGAAAUCCAAUCCUGAAAAAAUAAAAAUGGUCACCAUUAUUGCAAUAAUCUAUUCUUUCAUGACACCAAUGGGAUCUCUAGCAGGUGUUUUCAUAAGGGUAAUUUAUUGCUUUUCCCAAACGUAA